AUGACGAGUUCACAGAACACAUGGGCCGGUACAUCUACGGGGGCAUCUAUGACCCAGGUAACCGGCUCCGGACGCCAACGGCUUCCGCAAGGACGUCAUCUCGGCGCUGAAGGAGCUCGGCGUGCCUGUGAUUCGGUGCCUGAGGGCGAAGCCAAGGCGUUGCGUCUCCUGGACCCGGAUAUCGUACUCAUUCUCUGGGAACAGGACGGCACGGCGUCGUGGGACCACACCGUGCUGCAGGCUUGCAUGCCCGUCAUCGACAUGCACAGCAUGCCUAUAUACACAGUCGCGCGAUCACCACAUCUCAAGAAUGUCACGGCACCGCUGGCUGCCGAGCGCGCUAUCCGCAUCACCGUCUGGCUAAAUGUCUUCGUGCGUUAG